AUGUCUAAAGACAAGAAGAAAAAGGGAAAGGGUGAAAAAGAACGUGACUUAGAUAAUUUAAAACGUGAAGUAGAUAUUGAUGAUCACAAGGUACCAGUCGAUGUUUUGUACCGAAGAUAUGAUACACAUCCCGAUAAAGGCUUAACAGAUGCAAAAGCUGCCGAAGUUUUAGCGCGUGAUGGGCCAAAUGCCUUGACUCCACCCAAAACUACUCCUGCAUGGGUUAAAUUUUGUAAACAAAUGUUUGGCGGUUUUGCCUUGCUGUUAUGGCUUGGUGCUAUUUUAUGUUUUAUUGCACACGCUAUUAGUGUGAUGACAUACGAAGAAGCUGCAAAUGACAACUUGUGGCUAGGCAUUGCAUUAACUGUGGUUGUGUUUCUAACUGGAUGUUUUUCAUAUUUUCAAGAAGCCAAAAGUUCGAGGAUUAUGGAAUCGUUUAAAAAUAUGGUUCCACAACAAGCAUUAGUAAUACGUAAUGGUGUGAAGAAAGAUCUAAAAGCUGGAGAGCUUGUUGUUGGAGAUAUAGUAGAAGUUAAAGGCGGUGAUGGUGUACCUGCUGAUAUACGAAUUAUUAAAGCUCAAGGAUUUAAAGUAGAUAACUCAUCGUUGACUGGUGAAAGUGAACCACAAUCGCGUGUACCGGAAUUUACAAACGAAAAUGCAUUAGAAACAAAAAAUUUGGCAUUUUUUAGUACAUUUGCCGUUGAAGGCACCUGCCUUGGUAUGGUCGUGAGUACUGGUGAUAGAACAGUGAUGGGUCGUAUAGCCAAUCUUGCAUCAGGUCUUGAAACGGGUGAAACGCCAAUUGCACGUGAAAUUGGUCAUUUUAUUCACAUUGUGACGGGUGUUGCUGUAUUUUUGGGUGUGUCAUUUUUUAUUAUCGCAUUUGCACUCGGUUAUCCGUGGUUAGAAGCUGUCAUUUUCCUAAUUGGAAUUAUCGUUGCAAAUGUACCAGAAGGUUUACUGGCAACUGUAACUGUGUGUUUAACGUUGACAGCCAAACGUAUGGCUAAAAAGAAUUGUUUAGUAAAAAAUUUAGAAGCUGUGGAAACAUUGGGUUCAACAUCAACAAUCUGCUCAGAUAAAACAGGAACAUUAACGCAAAAUCGUAUGACGGUUGCUCAUAUGUGGUUUGAUAAUCGUAUUGUUGAAGCGGACACAACAGAAAAUCAACAAAAUGCCACCUACGAUAAAAGUUCACCAGGCUGGUUAGCACUUUCACGUUGCGCCAUGUUAUGUAACCGUGCCUGUUUCAAGCAAGAUGCAGAGAAUUUGAAAAAGCCCGUAUUACAACGUGAAUGCAAUGGUGACGCAUCUGAAUCCGCAUUAUUAAAAUGUGUCGAACUAUCAGUAAAUAUUGGUAAUGUUAUCAAAUUUCGUGACGACAACGCUCAAAUCUUUGGAAUACCAUUCAACUCAACCAAUAAAUAUCAAGUGUCUAUUCAUAACACCUCUGAUGACGAUAAAAGAUUUUUACUUGUAAUGAAAGGUGCCCCAGAACGAAUCCUUGAACGUUGUUCAACGAUCUACAUUGAUGGUUCCGAUAUUGAAUUAAAUGACUAUUGGAAAGCAGCGUUCAAUCGUGCUUAUUUGGAACUUGGUGGACUUGGUGAACGAGUAUUAGGCUUUUGUGAUUUACGUUUACCCGCUCAAGAAUAUCCAAAAAAUUUUGUAUUCGAAUCGGAUGAUAUUAAUUUUCCAGUUGAUCAAUUAAGAUUUUUGGGAUUAAUGUCAAUGAUUGAUCCACCACGUGCUGCUGUACCCGAAGCUGUUGCCAAAUGUCGUUCAGCUGGUAUUAAAGUCAUUAUGGUUACUGGAGAUCAUCCUAUAACUGCCAAAGCAAUUGCAAAAGCUGUUGGUAUAAUAUCAGAAGGGACAGAGACGGUAGAAGAUAUUUCACACCGGUUGGGUAUUCCACUUGAACAAGUUAAAGCUAGUGAUGCAAAGGCUUGCGUUGUUCAUGGAAAUGAUUUAAAGAGCAUGUCGCCAAGUGAAAUUGAUGGACUUUUAUCAAGCCAUCCAGAAAUUGUAUUUGCACGUACGAGUCCACAACAAAAAUUAAUUAUUGUUGAAGGUUGCCAACGGCAAGGUGCUAUUGUUGCCGUAACGGGUGAUGGAGUCAACGAUUCACCAGCAUUGAAGAAAGCCGAUAUUGGUGUUGCCAUGGGCAUAGCUGGAAGCGAUGUUAGCAAACAAGCGGCCGAUAUGAUAUUGUUAGAUGAUAAUUUUGCUUCGAUCGUAACGGGUGUUGAAGAGGGACGUUUAAUAUUUGAUAAUUUAAAGAAAUCUAUUGCCUACACACUUACAUCUAAUAUACCAGAAAUCACACCGUUUCUCAUGUAUCUAAUAACAGAUAUUCCAUUACCAUUGGGCACAAUAACUAUAUUAUGUAUUGAUUUGGGAACAGACAUGGUACCGGCUAUUUCACUCGCAUAUGAAAAAGCUGAAUCAGACAUUAUGAAACGUCGACCACGUGAUCCCCAACGAGAUCGUCUUGUAAAUGAACGAUUGAUUUCAAUGGCCUACGGACAGAUCGGUAUGAUUCAAGCAUCCGCUGGAUUCUUUACUUAUCUAGUUAUAAUGGCAGAAAAUGGUUUCUGGCCAAGUCGUCUAUUGGGUUUACGUCAAGCAUGGGAAUCUAAAACAGUCAAUGAUUUAGAAGAUUCUUAUGGACAAGAAUGGACAUAUCCACAACGAAAAACACUUGAAUAUACUUGUCAUACAGCAUUUUUUGUUUCUAUUGUUGUGGUACAAUGGGCUGAUUUGAUUAUAUGUAAAACAAGACGAAAUUCUCUUUAUCAACAAGGCAUGACUAAUUGGAUGUUGAACUUUGGUUUAGUAUUUGAAACUGUAUUAGCUGCCAUCUUAUGUUACACACCAUACCUUGAUAAAGGUCUUAACAUGUAUCCACUCAAAUUUAUGUGGUGGCUUCCAGCAUUGCCAUUCUCCAUAGCUAUAUUUAUUUAUGAUGAAGUUCGAAAAUAUAUAAUUCGUCGAAAUCCUGGAGGAUGGGUUGAACGUGAGACAUAUUAUUAA